AUGGCUUCCUGUAUCUUCUGCAAGAUCAUCAAGGGGGACAUCCCUUCCUUCAAGCUCUUCGAGAGCGACAAGGUCUUUGCGUUUCUUGACAUCCAGCCUCUCAGUCGUGGACAUGCGCUAGUAAUUCCAAAGUACCACGGCGAAAAGCUCACCGAUAUCCCGGACGACUAUCUCAGCGAAGUUCUGCCCGUUGCUAAAAAGAUUGCCCAAGCAACCAACGCCGGGGCCUACAAUAUCCUCCAGAACAAUGGCACCAUAGCUCACCAGGUCGUCCCUCAUGUCCAUUUCCACGUGAUCCCCAAGCCCAAUGAGACGGAAGGCCUUGGUAUUGGCUGGCCUACCCAGGCGACGGACAUGGACAAGCUCAAGGCUUUGUAUGAGGAAGUCAAGGCCAAGAUGUAA